AUCAGAGACGCAACCACACUUACGAACCAACGUCAAGAGAUCUCACAUGUUAAUAGUGCGGAUGCACCUCCUCCGGCCUCAGUCUUACGAUGAUGGUCAAAAGCAGAAAUCGAUGCGCCUAAUUCAACUAAAAACUGCAACGGACUAAGCAAAGAGUUGAGAGGAGAUGCAAGGUUUUCCAAGUUGCAAUUGACUAACAAAGACAUAACAAUGACGUCUGGUCUGAUAUCAAAAUUAGGUGAUUGAAAAGGUAUAGGGACCUAGAUGCACGUUACACGUGAAGGUAUAGGUAUGUCUGACAACGGCAUUGGACCUGGACGCGAGAUCGAGAAGCGCAAACCGCCUCCACCACCUAAAAGACGGAAUCAGAGUAUUCUGAACUUCUUUCCUGCCUCGUCCAACUCCGAUACAGCGGUGAGUAGAAGCUCAUCAGGUAGCGCAGUUGAUGCUGGAGCUAGCGUCUUCUCUGACCUUGAUCAGGGAUUUACAUCAAGAAGUACUGCCUGCUCUUCUGCGUGUUGUCAAGAGACUCUGUCACCGUUCCAACCCAAAGACCCAGCUGUUAUAAACAACACCAAAGAAAGCAAGGCAAGAAAUACAGAGCAUUUUCUCCCACUUGGUAUACGAGCUAUCCUUGGCUGACUUUGUGCACAACCAGGAGCAAAGUCUACUGCACAUAUUGCAGAUAUUGUAGUAGGAAAGGGUUGCUAGGUCUGGCCACUAAAGGAGAAGAUAACUUAUUGACACAGGGUUUGACAAUUGGAAAAAGGCUCACGAAAGAUUCUCUGUACAUGCUCAAUCUGGUCAUCAUAAAGAAGCUGUUUUUAAAGCUGAGCAACUAAAGCAUGACAGUGUGGAUGCACACUUGUGCAGACAAGCUAUGGUUGAUCAAAAACUUCACCGGCAAAUGCUGCUGACUCAGUUAUCAACAUUAAGGUACUUGCUUCGACAAGAAAUGGCUGUUAGGGGUCACCAUGAGGAAGAAGGUAACUUGGCUCAGCUUUUGCUCCUGAGAAGUAAUGAGAUCCCUCAACUAAAGGUUUGGCUCAAGGAGAAGAAGUAUUGUUCCCCUGAAAUUCAAAACGAACAGAUUUCUCUUAUGGGAUUGUGGGUUUUGAGAGGUCUUUUGUCUGAAAUUAGAAAUGCACGGUACUAUUCCAUUAUUGCUGACGAGGCAACAGAUGUUGGUCACAAGGAACAACUUGUGGUUUGUAUCAGGUGGGUGGAUGAUAAUUUUGAUAUCCACGAGGACCCAAUUCAGCUUAUCAAUGUUCCAAAAACUGACGCACAGACUUUGACUAUUUGUAUCAAGGAUUGUUUGUUGAGAUGCUGUCUGCCCAUGUCUCAAUGCCGCGGUCAGGCAUACAAUGGUGCAGGUAAUAUGAGUGGAUACUUAAAUGGUGUGGCGGCUAAAAUUCAAAAUGAUGUACCAUCAGCACUCUACGUGCACUGUCUGGCCCAUUGCACUAAUUUAUGUUUACAAACAAUAGGUCGUCAGUGUCAACCUGUAAGAGAUGCAUUGGAUCUGGCCAGGGGUGUUGCUGAUCUUAUUAGAUACUCCCCCAAAAGAUCGUCAUUAUUUCAAGCUCUGCAGGCUCAACUACCUCCAGGCUCUGACCGUUCACCUUCGUUAAAACCUUUGUGUCCUACAAGGUGGACUGUGCGCACCUCAGCACUGCAUUCGAUUUUGAACAAUUACUGUGUGCUGUGUGAAACAUUGCCACGAUGA